AAUGUAUAGAUUAUCGUGUAAUGUUUAACAGUAUUAAUUUCAGGGCUGAAUCAUGUGGGGCUUAUUCGUGUUACUCGCGGUGGGAGGCGCUAGCGCCCUGAGAAGCAGUAGCGCAGCUAUUCCGCCAUACGUCCAGGCAAGAUCUGCUUUCACGCACUCCCGAUUAUAUCUGCAACAGAAGGUGCCCCAUGAUCGAAAUAGCUAUGGAAAUUCCAACACGCGGAACCAUUUGGCGAUGGGCAUCGUGGUAGCUGUAACGGCGGCCAUAGCAAAGAACAGCAGCGAAGGCGGGACAGAAUACGACGCAUUGAGUAUACUAGACGAGACCGUGCCACAGGUGUGGGAGAACUAUAACGAAGUGUCUAAGGGCGUCAAUCAGAUAUUGGCCGAGGCCCAUGCUAAAAUCCAACCGAUCACCUCGCUAAUAGAUGCAUUGUGCCGCACAACAGACUCCGUGGAAAUGUGCAAUAUGCAGGUAAAUGAGAGGGUCAGCAACUCCGACGGCUACAUCAAGCGAAGAGCCAAACUCCUCGUUGCACUGGGCAGAGUAUCGAACCUGCUCACCAAACGCGAAAAGGAGCUGAACCACAUGGCGAAAGGGUUCACAUCUAUACCGUACCUGUUGCAGCAACUGGAAAAACCAACAUUCAAAAAUUUGCUAAGGGAAUUGGGCGAUGUUUACAUAUUGCUGCGCAAAAAUGAUGUCGGUCCCUUCUAAAAACCUCCGGGCUUUAGUACCAAUGUGUAAGAGAUACGCAGUUUCGAAAGACAAACACGAAUAAACGGAUAUAAAGCAUUU